AUGACACGAUCUGACGAGCCGGCGCCAUCGAGAUCCCUUAGCGCCAACGCAUCCUCCCCGGCUCCCGACGAAGACGAGGACUCUGGCACAGCAUCUCCCGAGCUUCCACUAACUAUGAGCGCCUCUGUAAUCCUAGCAGACCUGCCGCGUGACGCUACAGCUGCCUUGGCUAGUGUUGCUGGUUUCCCUCAGGAGAAGGUGGUUGUCAAGUUCAAGCCUGUUGGCGCAGCACCUAGUCUCGCACAGGAGCUGUGCAAGAUUAGUGCAACAAGGAAGUUUGAGGAGGUCUGUAUUUGCGCCGAGUCUGGAUGA